GGUUAAAUGGAGAGAAAACCCCACUGCCCCUGUGCUGUCCUGAGGGUCUGAUCUUUGACGUAUACCAUAAUUGCUCUUCGCCACCAGUGGGCUGGAAUUGGAAGCCCAAACUGUCUGGAGAACCGAGUGCAAUUUUCACAUUUAGAGGAUUCCCAAACUGUAAAUUGAAUGAACCUGUGUCCAUUUACCAGAAAGAAGUUUUAUUUGAUGAUGGAGAUGCUUUUGUACCCCACUAUAUACAGUUGAAUGCAGUACCCUUGUCCAAAUAUUGUGUUACAAAGGUGUACGAGAACAGUGACCCCGAGGAGUGCGAGACCCAUCAGACCAAGGUCUUCGUCUGUGUUGAGCCAAAGGAGCCAGAGCUUGGCCUCUACUGGACAGGGGUGGCCCUUGCACACUUCUUCCUUGUGCUUACACUUCUUGCAUACUUCUUUGUCAGGGACCUGAGAUGCCUGCAGGGUCAAUACAUGAUAUGCUUCCUGAUAUCUCUUCUCAUUUAUAAUGUCUGCCUGCUGCCAGGAUCAGUUCUCACUCUGGAUAUUAGCUUUGUAUCUUGUGUAUCUCUAGGUGCUGUUAAGUACUUCUUCUUCUGUGGAGUCAUGCUGUGGUUUAAUGUUAUUUGCUUUGACAUCUGGAGAACACUCAAGAACCGUCAGGAUGUUGGGUCCAGGAAGAGAUUCCUGAUCUACUCUGUUUAUACAUGGGUCUUUGGAGCUGUAUUAACAACAGUUGUUCUGGUGAUACCAUAUGCCUCUGGAGAAAAUCGUGAUGCAUCUCUUAUGGAACCAAUCAAGAAUAUGUGUAAACUAAAAACUGAUAUUAAUGUUAUAUUGCAACUUGUGGAGACCUUGUUGAUGAUAAUCAAUUUCAUCUUCCUAACUCUGGCUACUUCAAACACAUGUAAAUAUCCAAAAUUUGGCAAUGGUCUCCCACGAUGUGAAGCCAAUCUUAGUUUGAAACAAGGUUGGAAACUCUUCAUUAUUAUGAUAGGACAUACGCUGAUUGACAUACCAGAUGACAUAUUGGAGAUUGAGGUUGUUGACCUAUGGCGAUAUGUGUGCAUUGAAGCCAUAGCACUGUUUGCUGUGUUCGCCUAUCGAAAGACUGUGAUCAAAGCAAUAUAUCGUUGCUUCUGCCGGACUCCUUGUUAUCAUCCGGAUGAAGAAAUGUCUUCGGUCCAAGAGAAAGAUCAGCUUACAACAAUGAAUUGAGUUUGAGUGUCAAAGUUAUAUGGUAUAUAGUCUUGGACUAAAAAUUCUCAUUCAAAAUGUGUCUAACUGAGGGAUACCUUCAGUAGAUGACAUGGGCCAACAGUAGAUUUGUCAAGCAUACAGUAUUAGUAUUAUAGAGCACUGACCAAGUCUACAAAAUGAUAUUUUUAUGUAAAGGAGUGCACUCUA